UUUGCAUGAUCAAACAUGAAACGCAAAAGAUGUGGUGUCUACCGGUGAAGGCAAAUGCCGCUUUGGUACACUGUUGCCAUAUCAGUACUGGAGCCAGUUAAAUGAGAAUGCAAAGUCAGGUUUCGGUGUUAAUGACUAUCAUCAUGAAAACUGGGAUAAUUCUAUUGUGGAUGUUUGCAAUUUUUGGUCGCAAAUGGAUUCAAGCAUAUACAACAAAUGUGAGUUCAGAAUGUGUUCCUACCGUGACAACGAGAAGAUCACAAAAUGGAACAAUAAAAUCUCCCAGAUAUCCAGAUAUGUUCACAGAAAACGAUUGUUCGCAUUGGGCCAUACCACAUGGAGCUGAAGUGAAUUCGUCUCUGAUUAUUUAUAUCAAAGAAAAUGAAUUAUUAACUGCUAACAAACUCAACAGGAAGUUCCUUACCGGAAACUUGGUAGUGGGGGGCGAAAAUAUGGCUAUUUUUACGGAGGGCACUUGUGUAAUAGUUCUGCAAAAUGGCUUGCAUUGUCAAAAUGUUGAACAAAUCAAAACACCAAUAAACUGCAAACAGAAAGUUGUAUUAUUCCAAGAAAAUAAAGAUAGUUCAUUGGAAAUUGUGUUUACACCAAACGGACUGGCUGAUUGGAUGGGUGGACGGUAUUUUAAACUGGAGUAUGAAUAUGUUCCAUGUGUGGAAGACUAUAAUAAAAUUGAGAGAGACAUUGCAAAAUUUCAAGCGGCAAACAAAAAUACUGGAUCAGGACCCGAGGGGACGCUGCAUGGAGUCAAUGAUCAUUCUACCUUAUAUUUAACUUCAAUGAUAGUGUUGUCCGUAGUUGCGGGAUUGGAAGGAAUGAUAUUGUUAAUAUUUCUGAUACGUAGAUAUAAAAGAACGACAAUUUCGUAUCAGAAGACUUCAAACGUAGAAUUCGACACAUCACCAGGACGAAGAUCAAAUAUUGUUAUUUUUCACGACAAUCACAUUGAAAAGAUAUAACACACCUUUGAGAAUGUCGAAUUGAUGUAAAGAAGACUCAGAAUUCAAAUUUGGUUGAGAAAUCCCCAAACUCAUUUGAGUAUUAGAGAAUGUAUUCAAAUAAUCUCUAACUAAACUAAAACAAAAUAUGAGCAUAACACUGGAUAUUGAGAGGGACAAAUCCAAUCAAUUUUGGAUUGAAUUUAAGCCAUCGGGUAGGAAUCAAACUUUAGUUUCAGAAUCGCAAAUAGUAGUCACUGCUUAAUUCAGGACCUAAUUUAAAAAGUAUAAAAUUUUACAUUCAUACAUGCACAUACAUUUUGCUAUAAUAACAUGUUUUUAGUUAUUUUGUCCGAAAUGUUUUUCAAAUGAUGAGAUUGCAAAAUGCUUAAAGACAAAUUACACAUCAAAAAAGUGAAUGUUUUUUUAACGCCGAUUUUGGUAGAUCGCAACUGUAAGUUAUAGUUAGCAGAAACACGGAAAACGAGCAAGUAAUCAGCCGAGAUAUGCAUGGAAUUCUGUGCGAGUGAAAAAUGUGUUUGAUCGGUUGCUAGAAUUUGAAUUCACCGUUGAUGCUAUUAGCCAAUACUGCGGAAGUAAAAGAGGAAGUCGAUGAAGUCCGAUAAACAAAUCAUACAACGAACUUAUGGUAAUUUUGCACGACGUUUACAGUUACUGUAUAAUCGCAGUUUGGUAGAUGUUUCAUUGUUGUCCAAGGCAGAAUUCUCGGUAUCAGCUAGUUAUAUACCUGUAGAUAAUAGCGUGUCGUAUUGUCUUAGUCAAUAUAGUUCUGAUUCAAAUUCAUGUAGCUUAUAUUACUUGAAUGAUGGCAACGUUAGGUUAACAAAUUGAUUUCGAGUGAAUAAAGGUAACCAUUGUUUACUGAACGUUUAAAAAAAUUACGCGAGCACAAAAAUGAAACACUGCUGAAGAAGAUAAUAUUAUGAGAGCAUUAAUCAUAAUCGUCAUCAGUAUAAUAAUCAACGUGCACUGGAUUUAAUUCACACAAAAUUUCCAAAAAUAAUAGAGCAGUUAAUCAAUUUAUUAAAAAAACAAGGCAUUUUUAAAAAAAAUUUUCAUCAAACAGUUUUAAUACCAAUUUUUGUUUACAAUAACUCAAAAGAUAUAAAUAUUGCGUGCAGACUUGAUCAUGCCAGGGACGGUAUGGCAUUUGCGGUUUACGUGCAGUGUAAACUUCCGAUUAUUAUUCUCUGCGAUGAUUGGCGGUUUAAUAUAGAGAUUUUAUUAUUAACUAUAGACUAUAGACUAUAUUAGAAGAACAUCGAUAUAAAAUAGCAUAAUGUUAAUAUUCGUUUUUUCACAAUAAUUCACGAAAAAGUUGAAACUUUAAUUAACGCUUAAUUGUAUCGCUCUGAACAGGACAAUAUACAGGCAGAAUGUAAGACAUUAUUAGAAUAUAUAAUAUCUUACUUGAUUAUGUUAUUUUGACAAACACUUUGAAAAACGUUGGUAACUGUACCGUUACUUAGUUUUUGAAGAAAAUAUUUAUCCAGGCACUAGAAAGUUUUUUGAUUAUUUCGGCGUCUCCUACACACAUUUAUGGGGAAAUUGAGUCACUGUGCUUCUUGGAAAAAUAACCGAUAUGACCUAAAAUUGACUGUAUUUCAAUUACUCAUUGUAGUGUAUCACAGGCAGUAUCACUCACCACGUAUGUACAUACGCAUUCAGUGUACCUGCAGUUCGAAGCAACUGACUCAUUAAACGUCUUCAAUAAAUUGAGACAUGCUUGCGAAAAUAGAGCAGUUCAGUAUAAAGCAUUACGGAAGGCCAGUGCAAAUUAGGAUCUCGACGGAAAUUAUACUAUCUAAUGUUACAAUAAACAGCGUGCUUAUUCUGAAGAAUAUGUUGUUGGCAAACGAUCAUUAGUGAACUGACUACAGCAGCAAAGUGUCUCAGAUUUACUUUCAAUACAAUUUCAAUCAAGUAAACUCGCAGUAAUAAGCUAACAACCGCCAAAGUGAAAAUUUAGCAAGGAAAGGUUGCGAGUUAGAAAAUCUUGUUAGUUUGAUUAAAUUCGAUUCUCCCAUUUUGCCAUUGUCAACCCAAGCCAUAACACAGUCUGUGAAUUGUCAGAUAAGUUUAUUCCGUGAUCGAAACAUGAAUUUGAUACUAUUAUCAUAACACUACAAAGAGAAUUAAUGGGAUUUUAUGCUAGCUGGGAUUUUAUGUACUAUGCAAAGCAAAAAUAGUCAGUUAUAUUGAAUGGAAGAUAUUGGAUUAAACACAUGACAAGCCCACUUAUGAAAAUGUUGCCGCUAUUUGUAUUAUCACAAAGUUUAUCUAUAUUUUAGUUUCAUCGAUAUUCACACAGAUGGUCAAAAAUUCUAAACAUAACAUUACAUUUGACAGUAUUUGUAAAUAGGGAAUACAACAUUUGAUAAUUUGAUAAUAGAGUUUUAAUAAAGACAUUGAAAUAGUUUUAAAUAAACAACUUCGACUUAUUUGACAAAGAAAAACAUUUUAAAAUCUUAUGAAGAACCGGAACUAAAAUUCGCUUUAGUAGAUUGCACAUCUUCACAAUGAAAGCCAGAUAAAAUGACUAAUUCGGAAUCUUCGGUAACUGUGUAUUCUUAUUUAUUUGUGAAACCUAAUAGAGGGGAAGAGAAAACAAAAAUUGAAAUUGCACAACGACAAGCUAUCCAAAAUAGUAUUUGAAUGCGUUUAAACUUUUUAAUUUAUGUUUUAGUUGUACUUAAAAGUGCCAUUUUGAGCAUAAUGAUGAACUUCCAAAUAUUUUCGAUGCUGAUCUUCGUUCAAGUUCUUAUUCAAAAUUCAACUGCAUGUCCGAGACGAAAAUCACGUAAUGAACCAACUGGUGGAGAUGAUGAUUCUUCAAAUAGUGAUGUAGCUACAAUGUCUCCUCCUCCAGAAGUUUUCUUCAACUGCAACUUUUCCGAUGUCAAAAGCAUGAAAUUGCAAGCUGCUGUUUACAAUUUAACUAAUGCAACUGAUCUUUUAUGCAACGCGAACAUUGAUAUGACAGAUUUGCUAAACGCUACUGUAUCACGAGAAAAUCGAACUCGGAUGUGUAAUUAUCUUGGCGGCAUGUUUUGUGCAAACUGCUCCAUUGAUUCGUCCCAUCAUGUCAACGUUGCCAACGUUUCAAUAUCUUGCAUUAAUGAUGCUCAAACAACAUCCCUUCCAACUACAACAAUCAUCACUACUAAUAAAGAAACAACCUCAAAAUCUACUACACAAAUGGCAACUGAGACAAAUUUUAUGUUAGAUACAACGACCAUCAACGACAGAAAAGUGUUAGGAACAAAGGAAAUAGCAAUAAUUGGAGGAAUAACCGGUCUUGUUUGCCUUCUGUUGAUCAUCUUGCUUGUUGUUUUAUUAUGCAGGAAAAGACGUGCAGAUAUUGACAAGGAUAGCAAAGAAUCCGUGAUGCACGUAGAAGCAGAAGAAACCGGCGAGCUGUACACUGUUGUCAAGAAAACAAAAACAAAAAGUCAAAUCAAAGAAAAUGUUUUAUACGAAGCAAAUUCUGAACCCGACACAGUCGGCGACAUUGAACUUUAUGCCAUUGUAGACAAGAAAGGACCAAAAAAAGAUGUAAGUGAAACGAAUAUAACAGGAAAUAUAUUGUACGAUGGAAAUACAGACGCACAACCUGGCGAGGGGGAUUUAUACACAGUUGUCGAUAAGAAAAACAAGAAGAACAACUCCGAUAAAACCACCAGUGCGGGAACAGGAGGCGAUGUUUACUCUGUGGUUGACAAAAAGAAAAAUUAAAAAUUCAUUUUUAAAAAGAUCAAAAAAUUUAUACGAAUCUGUUUAGAGACACAAUUUUCAAUUUCUAAGCAGAGUGUUUGCAACAGAAUAAAGAAUAAAAUAUGCUUGAUACCCUU